AUGGGAGUAGCAGCUUAUCCUUAUCAGACAACGUUAAUCUCUAUUCUUCAUGGUGACUGGAUACUGGAAGAAGAUCACUGUCGUGCCAGUUCAGCCCUACUUGUUAUAUGCAAUGCAUCAUCAGUGUAUAACAUCACAGCCAUUGCAAUUAAUAGGUAUUUCUGUAUCUGUCAUAGUGCAAGAUAUGAGAAAAUGUACAGCAAGAGAAACACAUACAUCAUCAUUGGCAUUGUAUGGACAUUAGGCAUUUCUACUUGGCUUCCAAUGCAGGUUUUACAGAUGUUUAAAUAUGAUCCGGUUGUGUAUGCUUGCACUGUUGUACGCUCUGCAAAUCCAGUUUAUACACUCAUUUUGGAGCUUGUCCACUUUGUAACACCUACUAUUGUUGUGUUAUUUUGUUACAUAAAUAUCUGGAUACUGAUCAUUCAAGUUAAGUACCGUGUCAGGCAAGAUGCUAAAGAAAAGUUAAAGCCAAAUGAACUGCGACAAUUCUUUAUAAUGUUUCUAGUUUUUACUGUUUAUAUUGUCUGUUGGGGUCCUUCUGGUGUCAUUGGUUUAAUACUAAGUAUAAAUCCUAAACUUGUAGAACAAUUUUCUGAAUGGUUUGCUAUUAUAACCUAUUUCUUAACAUAUUUCCAUAGUAGCAUGAAUGCAAUUAUUUAUGGGACUUUCAAUAAAAAUUUUCGCGAUGAGUAUAAAAAUAUAAUUUUAUCUUUUUCUGCAGAAAUAUUUCAUGUUUUCAGAAUCGCAUGCAGGAAGAAAUAG